GUGAGUAUUCCUCCCCUCACUCACAAAGAAUCACGACGCCCACCUUCCUUUCCCUCACACUCACGGUUCAGCCCAUUCCCUUCCCCACACCAGCAGCUGCGGCACACCACCACCACCAGCCACAUAUUCUUCCUCCACCGGUGAGCAUCCACCGUAGCAGCAGCCACGCCUUCCUCCCUCACGGCACCCAGCAGCAGUGGCUGCUUUGUUCUCUUCCUCCCCCCGGCAGCAGCGUGAGUCUCCAAGCAGCGGCAGCCACCUUCGUGGUGGUUUUCCCGGCAGCAGCAGCCCAACACCACCAUACCAACUCCUUCCUUCUACACCCUUCUCUUGUUUCAUCUUAUCUAGAGGUAAAGAACUAAAGAUGAGCAAGCGAAUUAUAGCUCUUGGUUUUGAAGGAUCAGCAAACAAGAUCGGUGUUGGUGUUGUAACCCUAGAUGGAACAAUUUUAUCGAAUCCGAGACACACGUACAUUACCCCUCCAGGGCAAGGGUUUCUUCCUCGGGAGACUGCCCACCACCACCUUCAACAUGUCCUCCCCCUCGUAAAAUCUGCUCUUAAGACUGCUGGAGUAACCCCAGAGGAAAUCGACUGCCUGUGUUAUACCAAAGGCCCUGGGAUGGGAGCUCCAUUACAAGUCUCUGCAAUUGUUGUUCGGGUUCUUUCACAGUUGUGGAAGAAGCCCAUUGUCGCUGUUAAUCACUGUGUUGCUCAUAUUGAAAUGGGAAGGAUUGUUACGGGAGCGGUUGAUCCUGUUGUUUUGUAUGUUAGCGGAGGUAAUACUCAAGUGAUCGCUUAUAGUGAGGGGCGAUAUCGGAUUUUCGGGGAGACCAUUGAUAUUGCUGUCGGGAAUUGCUUGGACCGCUUUGCUCGAGUGUUGUCACUUUCGAAUGAUCCAAGUCCUGGAUACAAUAUUGAACAGCUUGCUAAGAAAGGGGAAAAAUUCAUAGAUCUUCCAUAUGCAGUAAAGGGAAUGGAUGUUUCUUUUAGUGGUAUAUUGAGCUUCAUUGAAUCUGCAGCUGAGGAAAAGCUCAAAUGCAAUGAAUGCACACCUGCUGAUUUGUGCUACUCCCUGCAAGAAACUAUCUUCGCUAUGCUUGUGGAAAUAACAGAAAGAGCCAUGGCACACUGUGAUGCAAAGGAUGUUCUCAUUGUGGGAGGUGUUGGUUGCAAUGAAAGAUUGCAAGAAAUGAUGAGGAUUAUGUGCUCCGAGAGAGGUGGACGGUUAUUUGCUACAGAUGACAGAUAUUGCAUUGAUAAUGGAGCCAUGAUUGCAUACACUGGUUUGCUUGCUUAUUCCCAUGGAUUAUCGACCCCGCUGGAGGAAUCGACUUUCACGCAGAGAUUUCGAACUGAUGAAGUUUAUGCGAUUUGGAGAGAGAAGGAAUUAGUAAAGAAGAAUGCAGAGUGUGAUUGUGAAGAAAGCAUGGGUACUACUCAUUGUUUGGCUUUGAAAAGUGAAUUGUGCUUGUAGUUGUAGUUGUAGUAUAGUCAGAUUUAGGGAUGGCAAUGGGUCGGACUCGGUUCGGAUUAUACAUACUCCGACUUUGCUCCGGAUUUUAGUUGAACUUUUUUUUUCAGUCCACCUCCACUCGGAGUCGGAUUAUGCAUACUCCAAGUUUGCCCCGACUCGGACUUUUGGACCUCCAACGGAGUCGGAUACAGAAUCGGAUUAUUAUCAAACUUUAUCUUUGUGAUAUUGUACUAAUGAUUUAAUGUAUACGAAGUUAACAAAAUAUAUUUUUUAAAUACAAUUAACAAAAAAAUAUGUAUUUUGAAUUCAA